ACAAGACUGGUAUUGCAAAACUGAAAACAAACCGACGAAGAACAAAUCCACGGAUCUUAUGACAUUGCUGACCAAAGGAAAUCAUAAAGUGAAUGUCUAAUGAUGAACAUUCAACUGAAAACUAACUUCAUCGCGGUGUAAGACUUAAGAUGUUGACCUUCAGCAUAUGGAGUCACAAUUUGGUUCAUCCUGCAUCUCUAUUAGAGGAUGUUUUCUGUUCCAGACAAGUUUCAUCCUCUUCCUGCCUUCGACAAUGAUAUCUUUGGCAACAACAUUUGUGCUGUUCAUAAAUUUAUUCCUGAUUAUUCUGAGAGACUUCAGAGUCGAUUCCAUCACAUGUCAUCUAACUGAAUACAAGAUAGGAGAAGAGUGCUGUCCUAUGUGUCCUUCUGGCCAUCGAGUCAGAAUAGACUGUACAGAGUUUAAAAGUACAUCCUGUCAGAGAUGUUCAGAUGGGACGUAUAUGGACCUGCCAAAUGGACUAAAGAGAUGUAAUCCAUGUUCUACCUGUGAUUCAGGAGCUGGUCUGAAGGAAAAGCAACAAUGUAAACUAACUGCAGACACAGUUUGUGAACCAAUGGAGGGAUUCUACUGUACAGACUUUAAAUCAGGAGGUUGUGUUGUAGCACAGAAACACAGGAGCUGUGAACCAGGACAUUACAUCAGCAGGAAUGGAACAGCCUCCACAGACACAGAAUGCUCUGAAUGCAGCAGAGGAUCAUUUUCUAAUGGAACAAUGUUGUCAUGUCAGCCUCACACACAAUGUGAAAAAGAAAACCUUCAACUGAUAAAAGAAGGAACAACUUCAACUGAUGCUGAAUGUGGAGAAAAAAGUUCCAACAUCCCACGAAUUGUGAUCGGUGUUCUGGUGUUUUUAUUAGUUGCAGCAAUAAUUGUUGUUGUUUUUUUCUGGAAAACUAAAAAGAUUGCAAUUCGAAAUAUUUUUACAAAACGACAAAUCACCCAAAGGGACAAAGCAGAAGGAGAAGAACAGGAAGUCUGUUUAAGGGCGAAGUUCUACCACCAUCAUCAGCAAAUGAAUUACUCCAUGUGAAACCAACCUCAGACAUUUGUACAGUUUUAUAAAGAAACCUGAUGAUCCUGGUCUCAUCAGUGAGAUCCACCAGCUUUAAGAUAAUUUUAUUCAUAUUCAUAUUCUGCUUCACAGGAACCUGACAUAAAAUGUUAACAUUGCUAAUAUGUUUCAGACUUUAUGAAAACCUAAAAACACCUGAACAAAUAGUAUUACAGUUUUUCUUGUUUUGCAGAUAGAAAUUUAGAAGUGAAUAACUGUACAUAAUAAAUUUCAUUUUGUAAAAUACUGUUAUCCAUUUAUUGUUACAACAACAUAUUCACCAUACUGAGUGUUGUAGCAAAGUGGUGAAGAAGUGAAUUACCAGGGACAUUCAUUGGUUCAUUUGUUCUGCUCAGAGAAUUAAAAAAAUCAACAUGUUGAUUUUUUUAGGGGGCAUUAGUCAUGUUGUUGGCUACUAGUGAAUUAUAGAUUCACUGAGUGAUUAUAGAUUCUGAUAGUGUUGAAUGUAAUAAACCUGAUAACAAAACCAUUGGAUUUAUUGAUGACACACACAGAUUGUAUGUCCAGUAUGGAGGCUCAAAGGUGCCUCCACACUGCAGUCUGCUAUGCAGUCAACAUCAACAGAGUCAAGCACCAACUUUUUUGGGCUCUGUUGUAUUUAUCCAUCCACCCUUGUCCCUAAUGGGGUCAGGAGGGCUGCUGGUGUCUAUCUCCAG